AUGUCAGCAAAAAUAUCUCGUAAAGCACUCAUCGAGACACCAAUCACAGCUCAAUCGUCAAUCGGACACAUACUGAGAGCACAGUUCGCGCUGCAGAAUCAGUUACCGGAGGAUAAGCCGAAGACUGUUGGGUUUAAUGAAGCCGAGAACAUGAAACUCUACGAGCUAUACUCUGCGCGACGCGAAGAAUAUCAUUCGACACGCCCAUCUGGUCAACGGAAUGAGGAAGUUCCAAUGGACACUCUUGCAAAGGAAUGGGCGACUGAAAUUACAGCGAUGGGGUUCGCAGAACGGACACCCGCUCAGAUAAAGCAGAGGAUUCGGGAUAUGAGAAAAUUCUCGCGAAAACACGCUCACAAACUUGGCAUUACAAAUCUCAAUGGUGGGCAGGAGAUAGAGAGAUACGCAGAAUUUAGUUGGGCAGAACCGAAACGUCGUUCACGUGGACCUGUUCCAGAUUGGAUGUCGGGCCUCGCGGAGAUCAUGAUGAGCGAGCAGGACAGUAAAGCCGACGACGCUGACUCCGCCUCUGAAAUCAUGGAGGCGACGUACGGGCCGAAGGCGAAGCGGUUGAGACUGGCGCGGACUGAAAUGCAAUUACAGCAGUUGCAGCUGCAUUUGGAUAUGAAGCAGAGGGAGUUGAAGCAGGAGAGGGAGAAGGAGGAUAUGCAGGAUGAGCAGAGAGCGGAACGAGAAAGGCGAGAUGUUAGUCCGGAGACUUUGUUGAUUGAGAAGAAAUUGGCGUUGGCUGACGCGAAAUUGCACACGGAGCAGUUGAAGCAGCAGGCUCUCCGCUUGGAAAUUGCCAGUUUCCAACGCCAACUCCAACUAUACGAAGACCAACAACAAUCCAACUCGCUCGCCUCGGAAAUCGCCUCGUCGAGUAGUCCCAGCGACUUUUUGCAGAUGAAAAUUAAUGGAUUCUUGAAGAGUGAGAGUCCGUAG